AUGCAACUCUCCCACUGGAUUUUUCCUUGCUUGUUAUUGUGGGACUUCAGACAGAACCACAUGAGAAGCUUUUUGGUUGAAAUGGUCACAGGCGAAGUGCCCUGCGCUGUCGCAAUGGGAACAAAUGGCAAGGUGUUUACCACGUUGAUGCUUUUACUGUUGAUACACGACUCGGUAAUCGGCAAUGACUGGACGUCUUCAGUCAAGGACCGGAACGACCGAUAUCGUAUUCGCACCCUAAAAGAAGAACCUAAGCCAGAUGUUAACUCGAAAAACUAUAAACAUGGCAAUUACGAGUCCAACCGGGUAGCGAUUGGGGAAGACGUGGCUGCAAAAGAUGCCGCUGCCGUCAUCGUGGAAUGCACUGAAAGGACCAUGAAUGUAAUCGUGAAAGCCGAUUUCUACAAUGUUGGCCGCCUCAUCUCCGCCGAGGAGCUGCGGCUGGGAGCAGAUCUGUCAGUGGGAUCUUCCUGCCGUGCUUCCGUUUUCAGCGACUCCAGGUUUAUCAUUGAAGCAAACCUGCACGAGUGCGGCACCACCCUAAGCAUGUUCGAUGACACCUUGGUCUACUCUAAUGUGCUGGUCUUCUCUCCCGUGCCCAUCAGUGGCAUCAUCCGGCUGAACGAGGCAAUCGUUCCUGUUGAGUGCCACUAUCUGAGGAGACAUGUUGUAAGCAGCAACAUCCUGAAGCCCACCUGGAUGCCUUUCACCUCCACCACAUCUGCUGUGGAUCUCCUGAACUUUUCCCUGAGGCUUAUGACUGAUGACUGGCUCUCUGAGAGGUCUUCAAAUCUGUACUACCUCGGGGACACAUUGUACGUUGAAGCCUCUGUCAGCCAGGCCAGUCAUCUGCCCCUCCGGCUCUUUAUGAACAGCUGUGUUGUGACUUUGGUCCCUGAUGCAGACUCUGACCCAAGAUAUGCCUUCAUUGAGAACCACGGGUGCCUGACUGAUUCCAAAGUCACAGGCUCCAAAGCCCAUUUUAUGCCAAGAACCUUGGACAACAAGCUCCAGAUGCAGAUGGAUGUGUUUAGGUUUCACAAGGAAUCUAGGAGUUCUAUUUACAUCACCUGCCACCUAAAGGUGACGGCAGCUUCCCAGGACACCGACUCCAUGAACAAGGCCUGCUAUUAUGCUCGUGAAAGGUGGCGGAGUGUGGAUGGGAAGGACAUGGUCUGUGACUGUUGCGACUCCAGAUGUUCCGCACGGGAGGAAAUUGUGACAGUGGGCCCAGUGCAUGUGGCUGUGCACAAGAUGAGAACGUCAGUCUAA